AAACUUCAUUUCCAAGUUCAGUGUAAGGCAAAAGCUAAGCAAUGCUUUUUUUCUCUUCAUCUUCCCCCAGCCUCCCACGCCGUUACCUCAAAUCCAAGCACUUUUUCUUCAUCUUCCUCUUAUAAAAACCCAUCUCUUUACAUCAAAUUCAGAACCUCCCACCGUGAAAAUCUCAGGUACCUCAAAGCCAUUGGCAUACUAGAUCCCUACACAAAACCUCACAACCUGCCUUCUCCAGAUGCUGUCACACACCUCUUUUCAAUCAUACACUUCUUCAAAUCCAAAGGCAUUCUUGAUGCUGACUUCUCGCGCCUUGCAUACUUAUGCCCUCAGCUCUUCACCAUCAACUUUGACCCUUCUGAGAUCGAACCCGUUUUUGACUUCCUGAUCACAAAUUUACAUGCUACGGUCCCAGAAAGGCGUGGACUGAUAGUGAAUUGCCCUUACAUUCUUCUUUCAGAUGUGGAAUAUUGUCUUCAGCCAACUCUCGAUUAUCUGAGGAAACUUGGGGUGAAGAAACUGAACAUGCCCACUAAACUAAAUGCAUAUCUUUUGAACACAAGGGUGGACAAGUUACGAGAGACAUUGAAGUUCUUGAAAAGCAUGGGGUUGAGACACAAGGAAGCAGCAGAGAUUUGCAGGAGGAUGCCAGCCAUUUUUGGGUAUAAUAUUGAGGACAACUUGAGGAUUAAGUUUGAGUUUUUGGUGGUGGAGAUGGGGCGGAGUUUGGAGGAGUUGAUGGAGUUUCCUCAGUAUUUUGGCUUUAGUUUGGGGAAGAGAAUUGCUCCAAGGCACUGGCACUUGAAGCAGAGAAAUGUUCACAUUAAGUUGAAUAGAAUGUUGUUGUGGAGUGACCAUAGGUUCUAUACCAAAUAUAAGUAAAAUUUCUUUUCAUCAAUGAAACUUGUAUAUGUGAUUUCUAGCUAGUGUAAAUCAAUUUUCAGGCUCUUUAAAUCCAAA